GAAUAUAUAAUAAAUACAGGAAGACAUACAAAAAAAUUAAAAUAAGAUAGAACCAAUACGAAAAAAUUUUAAUAAAAACAUUUUUAAAGAGUCAUGAAAAAAUAGCAAGAAACAAAGUGCAAUUAAAUUUACGAAAAAAAUGUAGAUUUUAUAAAAAGAAAAUACUCUAAAGAACAAACAAUAAAGACAUUGAUAAUUUUUGGCCGAUAAAACAAGAAGAACAAAUAUCUAUCUUUUAAGAUAAUUAACAGCAGCAGUCAGUUGAUUUUUUGGAACUUGACAGAAGAUACAAUUGACAUAAGUUGGCGAAAAAGUAAAAAGAUUUGGAAUAUCUAAAUUUUCUUUUUUAAAAAAUGGCCUCCACAAUGCAAUUGGAAUUUUCCCAGGCCAUGUCGGAUUUCAAAACCAUGUUUCCCGACAUGGACCGAGAUGUCAUAGAGGCAGUGUUAAGAGCCAAUCAGGGGGCAGUAGAUGCCACCAUUGAUCAACUGUUGCAAAUGUCCACAGAUAAUCAGAAUGAAAAACUACGCAAUGAAUUGGAUGGCAAUAUUUCACCCCAAAAGAGUCUGAUAAAUUUGAGUGACAACAAUGUGCCAGAUAUUAAAGCCAAACAGCAACAGCCUGCAACUGGUCAACUUAUAGAUGUAUCGGAUGAGUUGGACGGCAAGGGAGUAGCAGCCAGCGGAGAAAAAUCGGUGCCUAUGGCUUCGGUUUUAUUAAAUCUCAAUACCAGUUCUCCCAAUCACAGUACCGGUGCUUCGCCUAAAGUUAGACCACCUCAAUUACAGAAUAAAUCUGCUUCUCAAGGCGGCAGUACACCCAAAAGAAAUUCACGCUUACAUCAUAGUGCCAACAAACGUUGGAAUCCACCCAUGCUUUUACCCUUACCCGCGGGAUUUCUACGCUUAAAUCCUAUCAACACCGGCAGCAAUACCAUUGCUUUGCCUUAUGAUCCCAAUCGUGAUUUCGAUUUACCCGAUGAACAAUUUGCCAUGAUGCUGCAAAAUGAAGAGUUUAUGAAUCAAUUGCGCUGGAAUCAAGAGUUCAUGAAUGCUUUGGAAAAAGAACAAUCGGGUAAGGGUAAGGGAGGUGAGGGUGAUGCUGACUUUAAGGAACGUCUCAAACAUAUGGGUAAAGUAUCACGUAAGAAGUUCUUGCAGAUGGCAAGAGUUUUCACAUGGCAGCGUAAUAAAAAGACUACUACCGCUAAGCAGAUAGAUUCGUUGCCUCUAAAAGAAGAACCUAGUGAUGAUGAAGAUCAUCAUCAUCAUCAUACUAGAACUGCUAAUUCCGAAUCACAAUCUCAUACACAAAGUCAGCAACGCAAGUAAGUUUUAUUAGUUAUUUAUUAGUAGGAAUAACCAGGUAUGGAAAAUUGAUGUGUUAUAAUAACUUUUUUUUUUGAAAAAGUACUUUUUUAGGAAAAAAAAAAAGUACUUAAUUACUUUUUGUUUUUUCUUUACCUAUUUACUAGUCUAUGAAAUAGUUUCUGUCUUAGUUAUGGAACUUUUCUAUGAACUGGUCAAUAUACUAGAUUUUGGAAUAAUCUUUUAAUUAGUCUAUAGUCUAAUCUACUGUAGUCUAUAAACUUGGCUAUAGUCUAUUGACUUGUCUAUAAACUAGUCUAUAGUCUAAUCUAUUGACUAGUCUAUCAUAUAGGCUAUAUAUUAGUCUAUGGACUAGUCUAUGCAAAAAUCUAUGGACUAGUCUAUUCAAAAAUCUAUGGACUAGUCUAUUGACAAGUCUAUGGACUACACUUUCUAUAGGCUAUUGGCUACUCUAGUUUAUUAAAUAGACUACAUAUUAGUCUAUAGAUUAGUCUAUGAACUACUUAUUGACAACACUAUGGACUAGUCUAUGGAAUAGUCUAUAAACAAGUUUAUAGUCUAGUGUAGAGGCUAUUGUCUAGUCUAUGAACUAGCUUAUUGAUUAGACUAUACUCUAGUGUUUUGAAUAGGUUAUAUACUAGUCUACAGAUUAGUCUAUUGACAUGUCCAUGACUAGUCUAGUCUUGUAACUAGUUUAUUGACUAGUCUAUGGACUAGUGUCUAUGGACAAUUCUAUUGAAUAAUCUAUGAAAAAGUCUCUUGACUAGUCUAUGGAUAAAUCUAUUGACUAGUCUAUGGACAUGUCUAUUGAAUAGUCUACUGACUAGUCUAUUGACUAGUCUAGGGGCAUUAUUAUGGAAUGGUCUAUGGACUACUGUACUGACUAAUCUAUUGACUAGCCUACUGGUUAGUCUAUUGACUAGUCUACUGGCUAGUCUACUGACUAGUAUAUUGACUAGUCUAUUGACUAGUCUACUGACUAGUAUAUUGAA